AUGUCCGUCUCAGCAGCUUCGAUUCCCGACACCUCGCUUGGCCUUACCUCCUCCGAGAUCCAGAUCCUCCGACAACAACAGCAGAUUGCCCUGCAGGGUGGCCAUGCUGGCAAUGGAGUCUCCAGAGGCCGCGGUACUGGUCGAACCAGCAACUCCAGCUCUCGCGCAACCAGCGCCGCCAGCAGCCAGGGCCGCUUGCUACUGGAUCCUAUGAGCCUUCGCGCCUUGUCGCACCAGUUGGACGGUCUGCAGGCUCAGAUCCGCGGCCGCAUCGAAUAUUUGGAGGAACAGAUGCAACUCUCUAUCCAAAACAGCUACGACCGCGCCGGGAACGUGAUCCGAAACGCGGACGCGGAGAUCGCCCGCACUCGCUCCAUCCUCGCCAGCAUCGACGAGCUGGACAAUGAGCUAGCCAAGAUCUCCCACAUCCGCGAUAUUGUCAAAUCCUUUCGCGGUCGAAUCGAAACUCUAGAUCAUCGUAUGGACCAGAGUUCCCGCCGGCGACGCUGA